AAUCGCACCAUCGACGACCAGGGCGGCGAUAACGUGACUGGUGCGCUGCCCACCUAUCUUCCCAGCACAUGGAACGACGGGCAAACGUGCUUCGGAUGUCAUCUUCAUCCCGGCAUCAUCGAACCCAGCCAAGCCUUCAACAGGACCUGGAGCGAUAAUACCUAUCGAGUCGGAAGCCCAGCCCUGGUUGUCCAGGUUGGAUUUACCGGGUCCGCGGUCUAUGUUUACAACAUUGUCGUGGACAGCAUCGUCGCCGAUACGGACACUCUCGUGAAUCUCACGUUCCUCCUCGACGACGAGGCGGUGGGCGCGUAUUACCACGAGCCAAUCAGCGAUCCGCCCGGUUCUGUACCGCAAGUCUCGUACCAUGUGCUGGUGUACAGCAACUCCUCUCUUCCCCAUGGAGAGCACGCGCUCCAGAUGGUCUCGUCCGGCAGCAAAGCAACUAGCGUACUCUUUGACUACGUUGUAUACACG